ACUUCCCGCUUGGGGAGCCGCGGCUAUAAAAGGGGUCCCCGGGGCGCACGGCUUCCCCAGGCAUCGCAGACCUGCGGGGAGUCCCUGUGCGCCUAGCUCGCUCCACCCGCCGGCUUCGAGAGCGCCCCGGGCAGCCAGGCGCGGCGCAAUCUCCUGGGCUCUGGUCCAACCUCGCCCACAGGCGGCUGCAUAAAGGACAGGGGGGCCUGGGCGCGCCCCCCACACACACUCCCAGCGCCAGCAUGACCCUGUGGAACGGCGUGCUGCCUUUCUAUCCCCAGCCUCGCCACGCCGUCGGCAUCAACGUCCCGCAGCUCAUCGUCAUUGUGGUGUUCCUGGCCUUGGCCGCAAGUUUUCUGCUCAUCUUGCCCGGGAUCCGGGGCCACUCGCGCUGGUUCUGGUUGGUGAGAGUUCUUCUCAGCCUGUUUAUAGGCGCAGAAAUUGUGGCGGUGCAGUUCAGCGCAGAAUGGUCGGUGAGCGCAGUGAGCACCGACACGUCCUACAAGGCCUUCAGCGCCGAGCGAGUCCGCGCGCAUGUGGGGCUGCUGGUGGGCCUGGGGGGCGUUAACAUCACUCUCACAGGGACCCCGGUGCAGCAGCUGAACGAGACCAUCGACUACAACGAGCGCUUCAGCUGGCGCUUCGGCCAGAGCUACGCCGCGGCCUACGUCCAGGCGCUGGCCAAGGGGCUGCCCGACCCGGUGCUCUACCUGGCCGAGAAGUUCACCCCGAGCAGCCCCUGCGGGCUGCACAGGCAGUACCGCCUGGCGGGCCACUACGCCUCGGCCACGCUGUGGGUGGCCUUCUGCUUCUGGCUGCUGGCCAACGCGCUGCUCGCCAUGCCCGUCCCGCUCUACGGCGGCCUGGCGCUGCUCAUCACCGGCGCCUUCGCGCUCUUCUCGGUCUUUGCCUUCGCCUCCAUCUCCAGCGCGCCGCUCUGCCCGCUGCGCCUCGGCCCCGCCGCGCUCACCCCGCGCUACGGCGCCGCCUUCUGGCUCACGUUGGCCACCGGCAUCCUCUGCCUCCUCCUCGGGGGCGCCGUGGUGGGGUUCCACUACUUGCGGCCUCGCGCUCUGCGCAUCUUCCUGGACCAAAGCGUCAAGGACUGCGGCAGCCAGGCGAAAGGGGGCUCACCCCUCGUGCUCAGCAACCCCCUGCAUCAAAAGUUGGGGGCUUCGGACUUAACGAUCAGUACGAACCUAUGAUGGGAACUCAGCCCGGGAAUUACACUCCACCUGGGUCCCCCGCACGGCGGGGGAUCAGUGCCCACCGUUGGCACUCUGGGAAAGGCUCUCAGGGUGAGCUGUAAAUAAAUUUUUUCCACUUGUUUUUUUUUUAACCCCCCCCCCCCCAAUUAAUUUCUAUGGCUUCUUCCCACAUCUCUCGGGACGCUUCGCUGGGCGGGAGGCAGCCUGGUUCUUUGGGUCUGGAGAGGGCGGAGUAUGCCCUGCAGCGGCUCUGGGAGAAGGGCGUCCUCUAGUGGGCUCCACGGGGCAACGACCGGAACCAACCGCUUCCUGAGCAGGUGGGUUAGGAUCACAGUGACACAGUGACCAGUCACCCCUUCCCACUGGGCCAGCCGAGUGUGCUUAGCAAGGAAUCUUGGAGUUUAUUCACUAACUCCAUUUAGUUCUCUAAAUAAGAGUUGGUGUCUUCAGGCCAAGGAAAUUGUUAGCAAGACAAAAAAUAAGGUCAACCCUGGGAAAUUUUUAGGUCCUACAGUUUUUUUCCCCUUUAAAUCACUGGGGUCUCACCUCCCCUGGCUGAAUUUUUUACAGAUAGAGAAACGGGGGGGGGGGCUGGGCGGUGGCGCACCAGGUUAAGCGCACAUAGGGCAAAGCGCAAGGACCUGCGCAAGGAUCCCAGUUGGAGCAUUUGGCUCCCUACCUUCAGGGAUUUUCACCUCACAAGUGGUGAAGCAGGUUUGCAGGUGUCGAUCUUUCUCUAGCCUUCCCUGUCUUCCCCUCCUCUCUCAAUUUCUCUCUGUCCUAGCCAAUGGGAUAAAAAAAAAAAAAAGGCCACCAGGAGCAGUGGCUUCCUAAUGCAGGCAUUGAAUUCCACCAGUAACCCUGGAGGCAAAAAUAAAUAAGUAAAUAAAGAAAUAGAAUAAAUAGGGAGUUGGGAGGUAGCGCAGCGGGUUAAGCACAGGUGGCGCAAGGACUGGCUUAAGGAUCGCGGUUCGAGCCCCGGCUCCCCACCUGCGGGGGGGGGGGGGGUGUCGCUUCACAGGCGGUGAAGCAGGUCUGCAGGUGUCUAUCUUUCUCUCCCCAUCUCUGUCUUCCUCUCCUCUCUCCAUUUCUCUCUGUCCUAUCUAACAAUGAUGACAUCAAUAACAACAACAAUAACUACAACACCAAUAAAAAACAAGGGCAACAGAAGGGAAUAAUAAAUAAAUAUAAAAUAUUAAAAUUAAAUUUAAAAAAAAGAAAUAGAAUAAAUAAAUUAGGAAAAUAGAGAAGCGGCCACAUACGAAGUGGCACCAUGGAUAAGGCACUGGACUCUCAAGCACGAGCCCCUGCGUUAGAUGGCCAGGUUGCAUGUGCCAGAGCGAAUAAUCCAACUCUAUCUCACUCACUCUGUCCCUCUCAUCAGUAAACAAAUCUUCAAAGUGAGAGAGGGAAGGACACUACAACACUGGCUCUUCCUCCAGUAUUGGGGGGGGGAGGCCCAAACCUGGAUUGGACAUGGCAAAGCAGGCACGUUACCCUAGAUAAGCUAUCCUGCCAGCUCAAGUCAUACACUCUUAUGUAGCAAACCUGAGCACUGAAUCUCCAAGAGCAUGGCGCAUGCCUUGUUACUAGUCAACUGGCAAUAGUUUCUCCUUCCUCCCAGCACCAUCUUUAGUUGUUUCGAGAGGUCACACAAAUGGGAGAAGCAGGGGGUCGGGCGGUAGCACAGCGGGUUAAGCGCACGUGGCACCAAGUGCAAGGACCGGCAUAAGGAUCCUGGUUCAAGCCCCCAGCCCCCCACCUGCAGGGGAGUUGCCUCACAGGCGGUGAAGCAGGUGUGCAGGUGUCUGUCCUCUCCCUGUCUCUGUCUUCCCCUCCUCUCUCCAUUUCUCUCUGUCCUAUCCAACAACAAUGACAUCAACAACAACAAUAAUAACCACAACAAGGCUACAACAGCAAGGGCAACAAAAGGGGGAAAAAUGGCCUCCAGGAACAGUGGAUUCAUGGUGCAGGCACCGAGCCCAGCAAUAACCCUGGAGGCAAAAAAAAAAAAAAUGGAGAAGCAAAGAGAGAACAUGAGGGACUCAAGGAAAAGGGAAACAAGAGGGGCAGAAGGAAGAGAGGGGCAUAGUGGUAUCCAUAGCUCCCCUCCACAUAGGUCAUUGUGUAAAUGAAGUGGGGUUUCCAGAGAUGGCGCCCCAAAGGGACAAAGCACCAAGCAAAGGCAGGUGCUCUUGUGAGAGAGGUCAGCUCUCAGCAAGCUGAUGGGCACUGUGUUCAAGGCCUUGGGGUUUUUGUUUUACUUAAUGUUUGUUUAUUUGUCAUGUAUGUGUGGUAUCAGGAUUAAACACAGAAUCUCACACAUGUGAAGCACUGA